UUUUGGCGUGACACCCAUGUUGCUCGUCGUCAUUCAUCCUAGCUCACCGAAACGCAGAAACGACGGGAAAAGGCUGAGAUUUUAGGCCUUCGUCAUGGAGCUGGCUCACAGUCUGCUGCUGAAUGAAGAAGCUUUGGCGCAGAUCACUGAAGCCAAAAGGCCUGUCUUUAUUUUCGAGUGGCUCCGUUUCCUGGAUAAAGUCCUUGUAGCUGCAAAUAAGGUUGAUGUAAAGGAGAAACAGAAGAAAUUGGUGGAGCAGCUUACUGGGCUUAUAAGCAGUGCUCCUGGCCCUCCAACCAGAAAACUACUGGCCAAAAAUUUAGCAACUCUCUACAGUAUUGGGGACACGUUCACUGUAUUCCAGACUUUGGAUAAAUGCAAUGAGAUUAUCAAAAGCAAGGAUGACACACCCGCGUACCUACCAACAAAACUUGCUGCUGUGGCAUGUGUUGGUGCUUUUUAUGAAAAAAUGGGUCGGAUGCUUGGGAGUUCUUUUCCUGAUACAAUAAACAAUCUUUUAAAGGCAUUAAAGAGUGCAGAGUCCCAGGGCAGAGGGGAGAUUCUCCUCAGUUUGCAAAAAGUGUUGAGUGGACUGGGAGGUGCAGCAGCCUCAUGUCACAGAGAUAUCUACAAAAACGCACGCUCCCUUCUAACAGACAGGUCCAUGGCUGUCCGCUGUGCUGUAGCAAAGUGCUUGUUGGAGCUACAGAACGAGGCAGUGUUCAUGUGGACCACAGAGCUUGAGAGCUUGGCCACACUGUGUUUCAAAGCCCUGGAAGGAUCUAACUAUGGAGUCCGGGUAGCAGUAGCUAAACUCCUGGGAACAGUUAUGGCCACUGCUCUGAUGCCCAAACAAGCAGCGGUUAUGCGUCAAAAUGUGAAGCGUGCCACUCUGGAUGAGGUGCUUGAACUCAUGUCCACUGGAUUUUUGCGCGGAGGUUCUGGCUUCUUGAAGAGUGGUGGAGAGAUGCUAAAGGGGGCCUCAGUUAGCCGGGAAGUGCGAGUUGGUGUCACACAGGCCUAUGUUGUCUUUGUCACCACACUUGGCGGUCAGUGGCUGGAGCGAAACUUUGCCACGUUCCUGUCGCAUGUUUUAGACCUGGUCUCUCAUCCUCGUGCCACACAAACUCAUGUAGAGGCUGUGUACUCGCGCCGCUGUGUGUCCUUUAUGCUUCGAGCCACUCUGGGUGGCCUGCUCGGAGAAAAAGCCCAAAUCGCUGCAGGCAAAGAAAUAUGCCAAGCCAUCAGCAAGCAGAUGAGGGCUGUGGGUAAGGAGGAUGGGGGGGAAAUAUCACGGUUCAGAGCAUUACAGAAGGCAGUAGUGAAUGAUUUGACUGGAGAAAACAAAGCAGGGGCAGCUGAUGUCUCUGCCAGUCAACAUGUGAUGGUGUGUGCCCUGAAGGAGCUGGGCAGUCUGGUCCAGAGCCUGAGUGCUACGGCCUCUCCGCUCAUACAAGAGCCAUCUAUAGGCCUGCUAGAGACAGUGACUUCAGUGCUGCUCCACCCCAGCAUGGCGGCACGUCUAGCUGCAGCGUGGUGCCUGCGAUGUGUUGCCGUGGCGCUACCCUAUCAGCUGACCCCUCUGCUGGACCGCUGCGCAGAAAGGAUCAACAACCUGAAGAGCUCCCCUGAGGCUGUGAGUGGCUACAGCUUUGCCAUGGCUGCCCUGCUUGGAGGAGUGCACCAGUGUCCAUUAGGCAUCCCCCACUCCAAGGGCAAGUUGGUGGUGAGCAUAGCAGAGGACCUCCUACGCUCUGCUGCUCAGAACAGCCGCCUGUCACUGCAGCGCACUCAGGCAGGGUGGUUGCUGCUCGGAGCCCUCAUGACUUUGGGUCCGGCCCUCGUGCGAUAUCACCUUCCCAAGAUGCUGCUUCUGUGGAGAAACGUUUUCCCUCGCUCUCAGAAAGAGCUGGAGGCUGAGAAGGCCAGAGGAGACUCCUUCACCUGGCAGGUCACGCUGGAGGGCCGUGCUGGAGCUCUUUGUGCAAUGCGCAGUUUUGUGGCUCACUGCCCUGAAUUGCUGACGGAGGAUGUGAUUCGCCGGCUAAUGACUCCCAUUGAAUGUGCAAUGACCAUGAUGUCCCACGUCCCUUCAAUCAUCAAGGUUCAUGGAGCACAUCUUAAAGCCAGUGCUGCAAUGGUGAGGCUCAGACUGUAUGACAUCCUGGCUCUACUGCCUCCUAAAACAUAUGAAGGCAGCUUCAACGCUCUGCUCCGGGAGCUGGUGGCGGAGUUCACACUGACUGACAAUUCGGCAAACACCACCACCUCUCUCCUGCGCUCGCUCUGUCACUAUGACGACAGCGUGCUUAUGGGCUCGUGGCUGCAAGAGACCGAUCACAAGUCUAUAGAGGACCAGCUGCAGCCCAACAGUGCGUCGGGCAGUGGAGCUCUGGAGCAUGACCCCUCCUCCAUCUACCUGCGGAUUCCGGUUGGAGAGGCCAUCCCAGGACCUCUACCUCUGGGCGUCUCGGUCAUUGAUGCUUCAGUCGCUCUAUUUGGAGUGGUCUUCCCUCAUGUGUCUUUCAAACACAGGCUGCAAAUGCUGGAUCACUUUGCUGAGUGCAUUAAGCAGGCGAAAGGAGUCCGACAACAGGCUGUUCAGCUCAACAUCUUUACUGCUGUCCUCAGUGCUCUUAAAGGCUUGGCUGAGAACAAGAGCACCCUGGGCCCAGAGGAGGUCCGUAAAUCAGCUCUAGCUCUAGUCAUGGGGGCUUUGGACAACCCCAACCCAAUCCUGCGCUGUGCGGCUGGGGAGGCCCUGGGAAGGAUGGCGCAGGUGGUCGGAGAGGCAACCUUCAUCGCUAGAAUGGCACAGACCAGUUUUGACAAGCUCAAAUCGGCCCGUGAUGUUGUAUCUAGGACAGGACACUCUCUUGCUCUAGGCUGUCUUCAUCGGUACGUCGGAGGAAUUGGUUCGGGGCAGCACUUAAAGACCAGUGUCAGCAUCCUCCUGGCCCUGGCACAGGAUGGCUCUUCUCACGAGGUUCAGACUUGGGCACUCCACUCUUUGGCCCUCAUCGUAGACUCCAGUGGUCCUAUGUACAGAGGCUACGUGGAGCCCACCCUCUCCCUCGUACUUACGCUGCUCCUGACUGUGCCCCCCUCCCACACAGAGGUGCACCAGUGUUUGGGACGCUGCCUGGGAGCUCUCAUCACCACUGUGGGGCCAGAGCUGCAGGGCAAUGGUGCCACUAUUUCGACCAUCCGGUCGUCGUGCCUGGUGGGCUGUGCCAUAAUGCAGGACCACUCAGAUUCUCUGGUUCAGGCAGCAGCCAUCUCAUGUCUGCAGCAGCUUCAUAUGUUUGCUCCUCGCCAUGUUAACCUCUCCAGCCUGGUGCCCUGUCUUUGUGUGCACCUGUGCAGCUCUCACCUGCUCCUCCGACGCGCUGCUGUGGCCUGUCUCAGACAGCUCGCCCAGAGAGAGGCAGCCGAGGUCUGCGAGUACGCCAUGAGCCUCGCCAAGAAGGCAGGGGACGGCACAACCAUCAACCUAAACAUCACAGAGACAGGUUUGGAGGGAGUUCUAUUCGGGAUGCUCGACAGAGAAACUGACAGAAAACUCUGCUCCGAUAUUCACGACACUCUGGGACACAUGCUUUCAUCGCUGGCCGUGGAAAAACUCUCCCACUGGCUCAAACUCUGUAAAGAUGUCCUAGCAGCAACCACAGAUGUUGGUGGAGCCGUUGUGUUCGAGGUGGAGAGAGAUGAGGAGGACUCGGAGAAGAACAAUGAGACUGACGAUGACACCAUGUUCACGGGACUUGGCGAUGAUGACAAGUCCAAGCCCUCUGUAGCUCCUCGGUGGGUCACUCGAGUGUUCGCGGCUGACUGUUUGUGCCGAAUCAUCCUGCUCUGUGAGAACGCAGACAAAGCCCACUUCGACCUGGCAGCAGCCCGCUCAGCUCAGGCUAAGAAAGGAGAUCUGCUGGUGCGUCACUUGUCUGACCUCAUCCGUAUGGCUUUCAUGGCGGCCACAGACCACAGUAACCAGCUGCGGAUGGCCGGGCUGCAGGCGCUCGAGGACAUCAUUAAGAAGUUUGCCUCUGUCCCAGAACCUGAGUUUCCUGGGCAUGUGAUCCUGGAGCAGUACCAAGCCAAUGUUGGCGCUGCUCUCAGACCGGCGUUUUCACCUGAUACUCCAUCUGAUAUCACAGCUAAAGCCUGUCAGGUUUGCAGUACAUGGAUUGGCAGCGGUGUGGUGAGUGACCUGAAUGACCUGCGAAGAGUACAUAACCUGUUGGUCUCGUCCCUGGACAAGGUGCAGGCUGGGAAAGGCUCGUCCAGUCAACUGUACAGCGAGAGUGCCACUACAAUGGAGAAACUGGCAGUUCUGAAGGCGUGGGCUGAGGUUUAUGUUGUGGCAAUGAAGAUCAAGAAGGAGGCAGAGUCUAAGCCUGCUAAACCAGUGAGGAGUGGAGAUGAAGAUGAGGAUGAGGAGGAUCUCAGUGUGGACGUGUUGCCUCCGGACAGUCUGAUCACUUUGGUCCAACCGGAGCUGCCCUCUCUGAGCCGUCUGUGGCUGGCCAUGCUCCGAGACUACGCUCUGCUCACUCUGCCCGCUGAAUUCUCUAGCCAGCUGCCUCCUGAUGGUGGUGCAUUCUACACUCCAGAGACCAUAGACACGGCUCGGCUGCACUAUCGCAGCUCCUGGGCUCCUGUGCUUCACGCCGUGGCCCUGUGGCUGAACAGCACUGGGUUUGGUGCUGGAGAAGACAAACCUGAUUCUCCCUCUGCCCCAUCCAAAGCUGCAGGAGUCCCUCAGCCCAAAACAUUUGAAGAAUCGGUGAAAGAUAGAAUGCAUCUUAUUCUGGGUGUCAGCAUUGAGUUUCUUUGCUUUCCACGUCCAGAGGAGCCCAUAGAACAUGUGAUGUCUUGUCUACAGGCCCUAUGCACUCUCCUAGAUUCACCAUGUGCCAAGAUGCACAUUGCAGAAGACCAGUUAUUAGCAGUGGAGCUUCUGAAUGUGCUGCACCGACUGUUACUGACCCGGGACCCUCCGGCGGUUCAACUCCAGGUCACUGCCGUCGUCCAGGAAACCAUCAGGGCAGCACAGGACCAACUGCAGCGACAACGCUCCUCCAAAAACAAAGAUGAGGAGGUAGAGAAGGAGUCUGUACCGGGCCUGGGAGAGGGAGGUGACACUGGGGAGCUGGUUCCUGGUAAAUCCCUGGUGUUUGCCACCAUGGAGCUGCUGGUGUUUAUUCUGGUUCGGCAUUUACCACAACUCAAUACCAAAGUGAAGGAGUCCCCCAGCCACGCCGCACUCAGGCCCCAGAGGCUGUCGGAGGAAAGUGCCCGGCUGGUUGCUCACACGGUGUCUAUCCUGGCUGAGCUGCCUUCCCUCUGCACGCCAGCUGGGAGCAUGACUAUCCUUCCUACAGUGCUCUUUCUUAUCACUGGAGUCCUGAAGGAGACCGCUCUGAAAACUGCAGACAACUCUGUGCCCGCUCCAGUUUCCGCAGCGCUACAGGCCAUCAAAACCAUCAUCACCUCACCCCUGGCCCGCGAGGAAACCAUAAAGACGCAGUGGACCACCCUUGUGAGGAGCAGCCUGGCUUCUGUGCUAGAAUACUCACAACCAGAUGAGUCCCGGCCUGACAUGGACGACGUCAGCAUGUUGACAGCGAUCACUCUGUUUUUGCUCUCAGCGGGCAGUGAGCUCGUGGGUGUUACUGUGCUGCAGAAGGGCUGUUUGGACCGGUACAGGAAUGCUCUCAACUCUGGGGAUCCCUGGUUGGAGGCCCGGUGUUAUCAGCUGCUACUGUCAGUGUUUCAGCAUUGCAGUCGUGCCCUCUCCACUCCAUAUAUUCAUGCUCUGGCCCCCAUCCUGGUGGAAAAGCUGAAGUCUGUGGAAACCAAUCGACCCAUGACCAAUGUAGAGCUGCAGGCUGUACAGGAGGGCAUUAGGGUCCUAGAGACGCUGGUCGGCAUGGGAGAGGAACAAAACAGGGUCCAGUUAUUGGCUCUCCUUGUCCCUACCCUCAUCUCGUACCUCUUGGAUGAAAAGGCCAUCUCCUCUGCACCACCAGUCUCUAAAGGUCUUCACGAGUUUGCACUUCAAAACUUGAUGCGCAUUGGACCCCUGUACCCAGCUGCCUUCAAGAUCGUCAUUGGUGCUGCUCCAGAGCUCAAAACUCGCCUUGAAUCUGCCAUAAGGGCCAACCAAGCCAGUAGUAAAGCCAAGGCUGCAGCAAGACAAGCCCAACCUACUGUACAGGCUGCACCGACCAUAAAACUCAAAACUAGCUUCUUCUAAAGACUGCUAAAACAUGCUGAACAAGGUUAACAUUUUAUUUUAAUGUAACAUGUCAUAUCUGUCAUUUAGUGAUGUUUUUAUUUAUACUGUUACACAUUUUACUUAGUUGUAAUUUUUAAGUAUUUUUUUUGUAAAUAGUGGCAUUUAUUUGAAUGUUUAGUCAUGCUGCAGAAUUAAUGGAUGUAAUUUUCAGACUGAUACAGACAUAUUUAUGUGAAGGGACCAUUUCUGAUUUAUUUUCUUUUUUUAUUUAGCAUUCCUUGUCUUCAGUUGGUUUCUCUAUCCUAUGUUAAAUUACUAUGGCCAUGUAUAUAAGUGUGAAAUACAUCAUAAAUCAUAUCAGGAUUACAUGUUUACAUUGUUUUAAACCUCGUGGGUUUAACAGAAAAGAGCCUGUCUCAUUUUAAGCAGAUGUUGCCAUUAAAUUAUAAAUGAAAUUUUAAAAAUGUAUUCAUAAUAUGAAUGAAAACAUUUAAGGAUCAAACACCUCCACCUCCAUCAAGAGCAUCAGUGGUUCUACAUUUUCAUUUCAGAUAUUCCAUAGCUGCUUGUGAAAUGACCUGCACACAUAAUAAAUUAUUUUAUUUG